AUGGUGCUGGACAUGAAAGAGAAGGUCGCACUCAUCCGGAAGCAGAUGCUCACCGCCCAAAGUCAACAGAAAAGUUAUGUGGGUAAACAUCUCCGGAAGCUUGAGUUUGAGGUUGGUGACCUUGUGUACCUCAAGGUGUCGCCAAUGCAAGGCAUAAUGCAUUUUGGUAAUGCAAAACUAAAGGAGAUGACAAUUGAGACACAAAUGGUUAAAUUUUUAAGCUACAAGCCUCUUAAUAUUCAAGCAAACUUGACAUAUGAAGAGCUUCCCGUGCAAGUGUUAAAUCCCAAAGAAGAGCAAUUGAGGACCAAGACCAUAACCCUAGCGAAGAUCUUAUGGCAAAUUCACGGUGUAAAAGAAGCCUCAUGGGAGCUUGAGCAAAAGAUGCAGGAUUGA